UACUGUUUCACUGAUAAUGAUGUUGAUUCACCAGAAUUAGACUACCAACCCUACAUAAACGCGUCAUUAGACCUUCUGGACAGCCAAGGUUUAUCUGAAGCCAUCAUCCACCAUGGUUCGUGUACCUGCAUGUCUUGUCCUGGCGCUAAUGUAUGUGGCGGCCGAGUCGGAUUCCAGCACCCAAACCAGAAUCAUUGACUACAGGAAUGGACUUUACUAUGAAGACCUUGGACAUAAUUUCCUUGUACUGGUGAUGCCGGAUGGGUGCUACUUCUGGCAUCUAACCCCAAACGAGAUCUCGGUGGGGUUGUCGCCAGGCGGCUUCAGACACACAGAGAGCACAUUUGUAGCAGCGAUUGAGAACGGCUUUGAUAUGACGAUGAUCAACCGCAUCAACUUCAACCACAUGGCCUACGCCGUUGUGGGACAUUGCAGUCAUAGAGACAGCUUCCUGAUCCACCGAGGGCAUAUGAACUUGAACGAUCUCUCCAGCUUUGGUCUCCAAGGCAGCAUAGCACCCAAUGCCGAAGUUGUCCAUGCUCGCUCUUAACUGAAGAAGAUCACUACAUCCCUUUAUACAGAAACUCAGUAAUGACCACUAUGACAAUACUGUAACAAGAUACAUAUAUGUGGUGUAGAACUGAAUUGUAAUGUAGUCAUUUCUGACUGUCUGACUGAGAGAAUUGUGUUUAACGCAAUUUAAACAGGGUUUUUUUUCAUGAUGUGUCAGCUGUGGUGAAACCCAUCAGACAACGGCAGUGUGUUCAGAAACAAAGGAUCAUAAUCAAGGGGAAUCGGGGGUUCCCUCUGAUUAUCGGAUCCUGACACUCCCAAGGGACACGAUUGCUGUGUCUUUGACAGCUUGGUUAUAAUCAAAGAUAGUUUGGAUGCAUUUCUAGUCAAUCCCUUAGAUGCCUUACUGCGCUUUAGGAUAAUUUUCAUAUAUACUUUUAAGAAGUUUGUCAUCACAUUAAGUAAAAUGAAAGUAUCAGGUAUUCUUUUGAGUAGUUUAUAUCAUAUAAUGUAUUGCAUCAUAACCUAUAAUGUACAUUUAAAUCUUCUUAUGCGUACCUUAUUUACCACCGCCUGACAUAUUUUGAAUUGAUAAUGGACUCUGACAUGUCAUUAUGAAGCAGUGCACACAAAAUAAUUUUUAUUUUAAUAUAAAAAGUCCAAGGCAUAUAUUUCUCAUCACUGUUGUGUUCUGAAUGUAUGAAAAUAGGCAAAUCGAAAUAUUUUGGACAGAAAAGCGCACCAGAAACCUAUGAUCAUGGGUUUGAAUCCAAGAUCCGCCCCGAUUGUUUCUUGUUUUGUCAGCACCAUGACCAUUCUUGUGGGUUUCACUAGUGUAGUAACAUCAAAGACCCACAUCACUCUGAUAACACACCAUGAUGUAACUAAAAUACUGUUCAAAGCCAUGUGACACCAAACUGUCUCCCACACUAUAUUAGUACUCAAGUAAUGAAAAUACCUACCUGUGUCAGCCUAAAUGGCUAUCAUUCAAAUACUUCCAGUAGUUAUCUAAUGAGAAAAUUAUUUGUUCAUGUCUGUUACGUUCAUUUUACAUCUGUUGAGACUGUUUCAUCCAACUACAGUCAAGUCCCGUUAAGAAAGCAGCUUUCUUAGGCUUUGAGUGUACCAGUUUCAAACUGACAACUUCCAUACCAGACUAUGCUUUUAAAGUAUUUUGAAUAAGUCAUACAGUCCAUAACAGUUGUUUUGUGUUCAGCUUUAGAGGUUGCAUGAUUAGAAAGCAUAUUCCACUAACACUGUAACAUAACCAUAUGAAUAUUUUAUGUUUCACUUUUUUAAUUGCGUGUUUGUAUCGUUAUCUAUCGUGUAGUUGUCCGAUUUUCGAUCAAGAAAUUAAUUUCGCUUAUCCGACAUACUCGUUAAUCCGUCAUAAUCAUAUGCAACCAACCAUGUCAGAUUAACAGGACUUGACUGUAGUAAACUCCAAGUUUGCCUUUAUAUCAAUUUUCAAACAUUUCUGCAUACAUAUUUUUCAGAAUGUAAAUUGCAUUCACAAUCAUUGAAACUGGUAACCAUAAUAAUACUAUUGUAGUCAAAUAGUUUUUCCCGUUUUAAGGAUCAGUUGCCCUAAAUUUUGUCAAACAUACUGAAAAGGAACACUCACUGUAUUUUCUUGGAACAGAAAUCAUGUUGACAAUGCUUUCUGUUACUAGGGGGCGGUCGGGUAGCCUAGUGGUUAAAGCGUUCGCUCGUCACGCCGAAGACCCAGGUUCGAUUCCCGACAUGGGUACAAUGUGUGAAGCCCAUUUCUGGUGUCCCCCGCCGUGAUAUUGCUGGAAUAUUGCUAAAAGCGGCGUAAAACCAUACUCACUCACUCACUCACUUUCUGUUACUAGUUUUUUUUUAAUAAUUUGAUGAAAAGCAUAAAGCAGCCUUCUUAUGAACCAUUCCUUUGAAAGUAACAUGUUCCUUCCAAACUCCCUUCAUCAUUUCUCCCUGUUUGGAUCUGACAAAUUGGUUUCAAAAUCUGUAAAACAAUAUGUUAAAAAAUAAAAAAGACUUGGAUUUAGGAGACAUCGGAUUUAUUUUUAGUUCUUCUCAAUUCAGUCGAUUUUAGAAUAUUUUUUUAACAACUUGAAUACAAAUAUUCAAAAUCUCAUGCAAGACAUGGGCAAAGACAAAUGUUGCCGCAGGUGAAACGUACAGCGUCACAUGAUCUCCAUACACCAGACACAUGCUUGACAGAUGCAUGGAGAACACCCACUGCUUUCUGUAUUAUCAGAGAUUGUUGAUCCCCUCCCCACUUGGAAGUACAGACGGGAUAUCGAGAUACUGUAAACAUGAAGUGUCAUAACCAGUCUUCAUUAUCCACCAAAACAGAUUCCAUUUGGCAAAAUAGCUGUGAAAACUAUAUGAAUGGACCACUGAAGAUCAGUGAUGACACCAGGUGUUCGCAAAAAUGGUUAGCAUGUCCUGCACUAAAAGUUGAACCCCCAUGCAGACAAUUUGCAUAAAAAAAUAAAAAAGACUUGGAUUUAGGAGACAUUGGAUUUAUUUUCAGCUCUUCUCAAUUCAGUCGAUUUUAGAAUAUUUUUUUAACAACUUGAAUAGAAAUACAUGUAUUUAAAACUUCACGUGAGACAUGGUCAAAGGCAAAUGUUGGCUCAGGUCAGCGAUGACACCA